UUACACAUAUAAAUACAACAAACUUCCCAUUUUUCACUUCCGCUAGGGUUUCAGUUCCUCUCUCUCUCUUUCCAUAAAACCUACAACCGAGAGAAGAAGAAGAAGAAGAAAAUGCCGGCCGGUCAUGGAUUACGUUCACGUACAAGAGAUUCAUUCUCUCGUGCCUUCAGGAAGAAAGGUACUAUACCACUUUCAACCUACUUGAGGAUUUUCAAAAUCGGUGAUUAUGUUGAUAUCAAGGUGAAUGGUGCUGUUCACAAAGGAAUGCCUCAUAAGUUUUACCAUGGACGUACUGGUCGUGUUUGGAAUGUUACUAAACGCGCCGUCGGUGUUGAAGUUAACAAGCAGGUUCGUGAAAAAAUCAUAAGAAAGAGGAUCCAUGUGAGGAUUGAGCAUGUUCAGCUGUCUCGAUGCACCGAAGAAGUCAAAGAAAGGAUUAAGAAGAAUGAUCAACUAAAGGCUGAUGCCAAGGCUAGAGGAGAAGUCAUCAGCACAAAAAGGCAACCAUUAGGACCCAAACCAGGGUUCAUGGUUGAAGGUGCUACUCUCGAAACCGUUACCCCCAUACCAUAUGAUGUGGUUAAUGAUUUGAAGGGAGGUUAUUGAUCGAAGUCUGUUUGAGGUGUUUGUUUUUUCUAUUUGCUUUUCUGAAAUUAAAAGACAGGAUUAGUUUUGUUGGUGUCAGCUCCAGACAUUGUUUCUUAGCUAAAUUUUGUUUACAUUGCCAUUAGCGGCCUUUGUUGAACUUUUUCUACAAAUUGAAGUGAAGUAUGUCCAUCUAUUACCUAA